AUGGAGUUGGUGGCCGGGAACCUCAGCGAGGGGAACGCGAGCGACCCCCAGCCCCCCGCCCCGGACCCGCCGCCGCUCUUUGGCGUGGGCGUGGAGAACUUCAUCACGCUGGUGGUGUUCGGCCUGAUCUUCACGCUGGGCGUGCUGGGCAACAGCCUGGUGAUCACAGUGAUGGCGCGCAGCAAGCCGGGCAAGCCGCGCAGCACCACCAACCUGUUCAUUCUCAACCUGAGCAUCGCCGACCUGGCCUACCUGCUCUUCUGCAUCCCCUUCCAGGCCACGGUGUACGUGCUGCCCACCUGGGUGCUGGGUGCCUUCAUCUGCAAGUUCACCCACUACUUCUUCACUGUCUCCAUGCUGGUCAGCAUCUUCACUCUGGUGGCCAUGUCGGUGGACCGGUACGUGGCCAUUGUGCACUCGAGGCGCUCCUCCUCCCUGCGGGUGUCCCGCAACGCGCUGCUGGGCAUGGGCUGCAUCUGGGCGCUGUCCAUUGCCAUGGCCUCCCCGGUGGCCUACCACCAGCGCCUCUUCCACCGGGAGUCUGGCAACGGCAACCUGACCUUCUGCUGGGAUCAGUGGCCUGACCAGCGCCACAAGAAGGCCUACGUGGUGUGCACCUUCGUCUUUGGGUACCUGCUGCCCCUGCUGCUCAUCUGCUUCUGCUAUGCCAAGGUCCUUAAUCAUUUGCAUAAAAACUUGAAGAACAUGUCGAAGAAGUCAGAGGCAUCGAAGAAAAAGACGGCACAGACGGUCCUGGUUGUGGUCGUGGUCUUCGGGAUCUCCUGGCUGCCGCAUCAUGUCAUCCACCUGUGGGUCGAGUUUGGGGUCUUCCCGCUGACGCCCGCCUCCUUCCUCUUCCGCAUCGCAGCGCACUGCCUGGCCUACAGCAACUCUUCCGUGAACCCCAUCAUCUACGCCUUCCUCUCCGAGAACUUCAGGAAGGCCUACAAGCAGGUGUUCAAGUGCCAUGUGUGUGGCAAGUCCUCCCUCAGCGACACCAAAGAAAACAGAAGUCGAUUGGACACCCCGCCAUCCACCAACUGCACGCACGUGUGA